AUGAUAAUUCAGGGUCAAAUACUCAUACUCCUCUCGCACAACUCUCGUUCGCGUUCUCAACUGCAGACGACGAAGACACAGCGACCGGCGGCGACCUCCUGCUUCAGCCCUACGACUUUCUCCUCCUGCUUCGAUUCAAACACAAUUGAAGAGAUGAGAGGCAUUGAGCUAUCAUUGAAUCAAACACAGAAACUAAGGCUGCAAAGAGCACUCGAACUGUUGGAAUCUCUGUCUUCGGGAACCAAUUCUGAUGCUUCAGUCACUGUCGCCGAUUCUAUCCCUGUUAACCAAGAAGAUGGUGUUCUCAAGGGUCAUGGGACGACAAAGCUUGAGGGUGAGGUCGUGGCAACCGUGUGUGGAGUAAUCGAACGUGUAAAUAAAUUGGUCUAUGUUCGCACUUUGAGAGCCAGGUAUAAGCCUGAGGUUGGUGAUAUCAUAGUAGGCCGUGUUCUUGAGGUUGCUCCGAAGCGGUGGAGAUUGGAGAUUAAUUUUAGCCAAGAUGCAGUACUGAUGCUUUCUUCAAUGAAUUUGCCUGAUGGCAUCCAGAGGCGACGGACUGCAGUUGAUGAGCUCAACAUGCGUAGCAUUUUUGAAGAGAAUGACGUCAUCUGUGCUGAAGUCCGUGAUUUCAUGCGUGAUGGUAGUCUACAACUGCAAGCAAGGAGCCAGAAAUAUGGAAAGCUAGAAAGGGGUCAGAUGCUGACAGUGUCUCCAUAUCUAGUAAAGAGGCGCAAACAGCAUUUCCAUCAUCUACAACAGUAUGGAAUCGACCUCAUACUUGGUUGUAAUGGCUUCAUCUGGGUUGGUGAACAUGUCGAAACUAAAGAUAACAUGGUAGAAGACGAACCGAUUAAACCCCCAAACAAAUCCCAAACAACCCUUGAAGAACAAGAACAAGCAUACACUCCGUUAGAAACCAAGGAAAAUAUAUGCAGGAUUGCAAAUGCUAUCAGGGUGUUGUCUACAUUGGGAUUUAGCAUUACACUUGAUGUGAUUCAGGAGGUUGUUGAUCUGAGCAGCUCCAAGGGUCUGAAUAUACACGAGAUGCUCGCUGCUGAGUUUUCUGUUUUGAUAAAACCUUACUCCUUGUACUUACGAUUACAACAUCGCCUCUGGCUAUCUGCUCCUCACGUCGAUUCUCCCUGCUCGCCGUCGCCUCCCUGUGAAGCCACUGGUCGGAGACAUUCAAUAGCCACAACUCCGUCGCACCCAAUCCCAGAUUCCUUUGGAUGUGCAGUGAGCAUGAAGAUGAUAAGCUAUAAUCAUAUUCCAAAAUCAAGUAUUUUAAUCGUGCAGCAUGAGAUAUCUACCCUUACAUUUUGCAAGCCUGUAACACCAACUAUACUGAUUUCAAAUCAAUACCAGAAGAGAAUCAAUUUCAUCACGAAAUUACAAUGUUCUGUUUCCAGUAGACCAUAUGCAUCAAAUUCAAUAGACUCCAAAUCAGACUCUGUUCGUAUGAACCGAAAACAAGGAGGAUCCUCAUCAAUAUACAGCCGUGCUAGCUUACUAGAAAUGAAGAACGAAAGGAUUGCAAAUCGAGCCCGUGUUUAUGAUUUCUUAAAAAGUAUCGGUAUAGAACCAGAUGAGCUUGAUGGGUUGGAGCUUCCUGUAACAGUUGAUGUCAUGAAAGAACGUGUUGAUUUUCUUCACACAUUAGGGUUAACAAUCGAAGACAUUAACAAUUACCCUCUUGUCCUCGGUUGUAGUGUCAAGAAAAACAUGAUCCCAGUCCUUGAUUAUUUAGGUAAGUUGGGUGUUAGGCGAUCUACUUUGACAGAUUUCUUGAGAAGAUACCCUCAAGUUCUUCAUGCCAGUGUUGUGGUAGAUCUUGCACCUGUUGUUAAAUAUCUAGAAGGCAUGGACAUCAAACCAAAUGACAUUCCUAGAGUUCUUGAAAAGUAUCCGGAAGUUUUGGGGUAUAAACUUGAAGGGACAAUGAGCACAUCUGUAGCUUAUUUGGUGGGAAUUGGAGUUGCAAGAAGAGAAAUUGGUGGGGUUUUGACUCGAUAUCCAGAGAUUCUUGGAAUGAGAGUUGGAAGAGUGAUUAAACCCUUUGUUGAUUAUCUUGAAAGUUUAGGAAUACCAACAUUAGCUGUCGCCAGGCUAAUCGAAACACGACCCCACAUACUCGGGUUCGGACUUGAACAAAAAGUCAAACCAAAUGUCAACUCCCUAAAACAAUUUGGUGUCAGGGAGGCGUCUAUUUCCUCUGUCAUUGCACAGUAUCCUGAAAUCAUAGGUUUGGACCUUGGGUCAAGGUUGCUGAAACAACAAAGCUUCCUCAAUUCCAUAAUCGAUUUCAGUCAUGAAGAUUUUGGGAAAAUUAUUGAGAAAAUGCCACAGAUUGUGAGCUUGAGUAACACACCGGUUAUUAAGCAUGUGGAUUUUUUGAAAAAUUGUGGGUUCUCAUUAGAUCAAGUGAAAAAGAUGGUUGUUGGGUGUCCACAGUUGCUUGCUUUGAAUAUGGAUAUAAUGAAAUUAAAUUUUGAUUAUUUUGAAAGCAAGAUGGGACGGGAGUUGGAUGAGUUAGUUGAUUUUCCGGCUUUUUUUACUUAUGGUUUGGAGUCAACUAUAAGACCAAGGCAUCGGAUGGUUGCUAAAAAGGGACUUAAAUGUUCUCUUGCUUGGCUUCUUAACUGUUCUGAUGCAAAAUUCAAGGAACGGAUGAAUUAUGACACGAUAGAUAUGGAGGAGAUGGAAGAUGAUUCGUCAUUUGAUAUGAAUACUUUAAUGGAACCCAGAAAUGAUGGAUCGGAUUCUGAUUUUGAUGAGGACAGUGAUGAAGAGUACUUGUAGCAUCUUGAUUAUGCUAGCACAAGAACGAAUUUAAUGGAGCCUACAUGCUCAAAAUGUUAUGAGGUAUGUAAAAUAUCUUACAUUAUCUCACUUUAAUUUUGUCUCUCCCAUGUAUUAGUUUUCAUAAUCCAUGACAGAAAAUAGUACUUACAAAUUAGCGAACACUUAUGCAAAUCAAUGUCUAAAUCAGGUUUUAGAAGUUAAAAUUGUAUUGGUUUUUCUUUAUGUAUUUUCUUGCACUCCAGUUUU